UGAAAAUAAGAAUAAAUGAAGACUGCCAAACACGACCUUACACGUCAUCCCGACAAUAAGGCCUUGUUUGGCAACUGUUAAACCAGACAUUAAAUAAGCUUACAAUAAAUAAGCAUAAAAUACUGCUUCGUCAAAUAUUUCAGCCUCUUCAAUUUCUUUAACCCACCUCACACAUUUUGCACACACAACACGCAAACAAAACAGUCUCAUUUUUUCCACAUAAAACACACACACACACACACACACACACACACACACACACACAUUACAACUAUAUAUAUAUAAAAUAUACAUACACUAAUCGACACCACUGAGUCCACCAUUAUCGAAUCAAAACCACUUCAAAAAAGCUGCCGAAAGUGCGGAAUGCUGUUUAUUGUACUGCGUUUAAAUUGAAGGAUAUUUGUUGCGAACUUGAAUAUUUGUUGGCGUUCGAUUCGUUGUAUUGUGUUCAAAAUCCAUCGGUUUCUGUAUCAGAUAAAAAUGGUGAGUUUGCGUGCGAUUUUAAAGCACCCGGAUGAUUUGUAUCCGAUGGUGAAGCUGAAGCUGGCGGCGAGAAAGGCGGAGAAGCAGAUCCGAUCGGAGCCGCACUGGGCGUUUUGUUACAGUAUGCUUCUCAAAGUUUCUAGAAGCUUCGCUUUGGUUAUUCAGCAGCUCGACACUGAUCUUCGUGAUGCCGUAUGCAUUUUCUAUUUGGUUCUUCGAGCACUUGACACAGUUGAGGAUGAUACAAGCGUAGCUACGGAUGUUAAAGUGCCCAUUCUGAUGGAUUUUCAUCAACACAUAUAUGACCGUGAAUGGCAUUUUUCAUGUGGUACAAAGGAAUACAAAGUUCUCAUGGACGAGUUCCAUCAUGUAUCAACUGCUUUUCUGGAGCUUGGAAGCGGUUAUCAGCAAGCAAUUGAAGAUAUUACCAUGAGAAUGGGUGCAGGAAUGGCAAAAUUUAUUUGCAAAGAGGUAGAAACAGUUGAUGAUUACGAUGAAUAUUGCCACUACGUGGCUGGGCUUGUUGGGCUAGGGUUGUCGAAGUUGUUCCAUGCUUCUGGAAAAGAAGAUCUGGCUUCAGAUACUAUCUCUAACUCGAUGGGUUUAUUUCUUCAGAAAACAAAUAUCAUCCGAGACUAUCUAGAAGAUAUCAAUGAGAUACCCAAGUCUCGUAUGUUCUGGCCUCGCCAGAUUUGGAGUAAAUAUGUUAACAAACUUGAGGAGUUAAAAUAUGAGGAAAAUUCAGUCAAGGCAGUGCGGUGUCUGAAUGAUAUGGUCACAAAUUCUUUAAUACAUGUCGAAGAUUGCCUGAACUACAUGGCUGCUUUGCGAGAUCCGGCCAUCUUUCGUUUUUGUGCAAUUCCGCAGAUCAUGGCAAUUGGGACAUUAGCUUUGUGUUACAACAACAUUCAAGUAUUCAGAGGUGUUGUGAAAAUGAGGCGUGGUCUAACUGCGAAAAUUAUCGACCGAACUAAAACAAUGUCAGAUGUCUAUGGGGCUUUUUAUGAUUUUUCCCUUAUGCUAAAAUCAAAGGUUGACGAGAAUGAUCCUAAUGCUAGUAAGACAAAAGAAAGAUUAGAAGCAAUCUUUAAACUUUGCAGGGACUCCGGAACCUUAAGCCAAAGGAAAUCAUGCAUUAUCCAGAACAAGCCACAACUUAAUGCAACUUCGAUUGCUCUUGUAUUCAUCGUACUGGCUAUAAUUGUAGCAUACCUAUCUCAAUCUCGACCAACUAUUAUGUAAGCAAAUUUGAAGAGCGAAAUAUCCCGAGCAGAGUGGUAUUAAACGAUUCCGACUGUGAUGUCUGAACUUCAUCAUUUAUAGUGCUGUACACAACAUCGCAGCAUAAAUUCAAGUUUGUAGUUAUAUUUUUUUUGAAUUAUAUAUAGUUCACAUGCCUGAAGGAAUACUGAAUAAAGUUUGUCAGGCUUGUGAAAAAUGUAAUGUUAUUUUGAAGUGAGUGUCAGCUUGUAAAUUGUAAUAUUUCUCUAUUUAACGUAACAAAAUAAAAGUAUAAUUGCUAUGUAAGAUAUACUUUCAAUUAAUUUUUUUUUGAAA